UCGUGGUAGCUGGGGCGGAGGCGGUGGUGGCGUCGUGCUGGGUCCGGGGCACGCUUUGGCGCCUCAAUGCGCGUGCGCGGGACUAGAUCCCAGUUUGCGGAGAAGGUUGCCGAUGGCGGCGGCGGAAGCUUCGCCCGAGCCGGCGGCCUCGGAACCGCUGGCGGAGCUGCCUGCCUCGGUGCGGGCGAGCAUCGAGCGGAAGCGGCAGCGCGCGCUGAUGCUGCGCCAGGCCCGGCUGGCGGCCCAACCCUACCCGGCGAUGGCGGCUGCAGCUACCGGAGGUAUGACUAAUGUAAAAGCAGCUCCAAAGAUCAUUGACACAGGAGGAGGCUUUAUUCUGGAAGAGGAAGAUGAAGAACAGCGUACAAUUGGAAAAGUUGUUCAUCAACCAGGACCUGUUAUGGAAUUUGAUUAUGCAAUAUGUGAAGAAUGUGGUAAAGAAUUUAUGGAUUCUUAUCUUAUGAACCACUUUGAUUUGGCAACUUGUGAUAACUGCAGAGAUGCUGAUGACAAACACAAGCUUAUAACUAAAACAGAAGCAAAACAAGAAUACCUUCUGAAAGACUGUGAUUUAGAAAAAAGAGAACCAGCUCUUAAAUUUAUUGUGAAGAAGAAUCCUCAUCAUUCACAAUGGGGUGAUAUGAAGCUCUACUUAAAAUUACAGAUUGUGAAGAGGUCUCUUGAAGUUUGGGGUAGUCAGGAAGCAUUGGACGAAGCAAAGGAAGUUCGACAGGAAAACCGAGAAAAAAUGAAACAGAAGAAGUUUGAUAAAAAAGUAAAAGGUCCAUGUGGUCUAAUGUGUUGUUCAAAGCUGCUUUCUGUCUGGACAGUCUAUCCAUUGAUAAUUACGGCGAGCAGUGAGAAGCAGUGUGUGGAAAAGGGAAACUGUUGCUCAUCAGCAUGAGUAUGGACCAGAAGAAAACUUAGAAGAUGACAUGUACCGGAAGAUCUGUACUGCAUGUGGCCAUGAAUUGACAUAUGAGAAAAUGUGAUUUUUAGUUGAGUGGUCUGUUUUACAGGUUUUAUAUUUAGGUAAAGGAAAUUUAGAUUUCUCCUGUUCAGAAUUCACCAAAAUUUAAAGUGUUCAAAGGUGAAUGAAACACUUGUACAAGUAAUGCUUUAGGAAUAAGUGUGUAUGUUAUGGCUUGAGAGCAGAUUUCCAUUAAGGUCCAACAGGUCUGGCUGUUGGCAAAAUAUUGGGUAAAUGAUCAUUUUUCUACAAUAGGAUGGGAGGUUAGUGGUAGAUGAGAUUCAGAAGUGGUAGGUUACAGCUAAAAUUGAGAAAUAAGAAACCAAAGCAAACCCUACCUUGAGGUAGGAAGAGCUUUUAGUACAAACAAAAGCUGCUAAGCUGAAUUCUUAUCCCAAGAAACAACAGGAAUUGGUGGCAGACCACUGUAACCCCCCCCCCCGGCUGGGUCAGGUCUUCUUGACUAUUUCUCUAAGUUAGGAAGCAGGGACAAAUACUGAUUUUAUAGCAGGAAUGAGCAAUGAGUUAUGGGAGCCUGAUCAUGUUUUCUAAUUCUUUAGGGCUUACUACUGGGGGCCCUGAUGUCGGUGUCUAGAUAACCCUUUUCAAAUGAGUUAAAAUGGCAAAACAGCUGUAAAACAGCUUUGUUGCUCAAAGAAGGUGCUGAUAAUAAGCUUAUCAAAACCUACUAACAUUUACUGAGCACUCACCAGUUGCCUAGUAAGUACUAUGCUAAGUGCCUUAAAGGUAUUAUCAUUUAAUCCUGAUCAGGAACAUAACCUGGGUCUGUGCCUGUUUAGCAUUCAUUUCUAAAGGAAGUGGUAACCUUUACAAGCUGACAGUACCCCAGACAGACCAAGUUAGGCUAAAUUUUCCUUAUCUUGUCAAAAGGAUUACAGGGUAGUUAACAGCUAGUAAGAAGUUUGAUGCCACGUGGGUCCAUGUAUUAUUUUUUGACAAUAACAAAUUCAGGUUAAGAUAAAUUGGGUAUUUUCAAGUUAUUCUUUGACACAAUUCUUAUUCUACAGCUACAAAUAACAAGACAUAGGAAGUUUAUAUUUCAUUUCUUUUUCUGUUAUCAACUCUUGAAGACUGCUUGAAGAAAACAUCAAACCCAAAUAGGCUGAGACUAUAAUUACUAAUUUGUUCUCUCUCUAUAUAUAUUCAAUACAGAAAUGUUUAAUAUACUUAUCAAGUAUUGAUUUUUUUCAAAUAUACUAUGCUAAAUUACAGCUCAGUAAAAAUUGAUUCUGACUGGGCAGCAAGACCUUCCUGGGACAAAAAAAAAAGCUUCCAGCUCGAUGACAACAGAGUAACUAGGGGUUCAGGCUGCUGACAACAGCAUUACUGCAUUGGAAGACAAAGAAUGCACUUACUAGCUGUGCACCUUGGGUAAGUGACUUCAUGGGCCUGUUUUUAUCUGUCAGAUGAGCAUAAUCAACUCUCAGUGACUGUUGUGAGGAUUAAGUAAGGUAAAUCUGGAGCGGCUGGCACAUAACAGCCACUGGUUAAUGAGCACAUAUCACCAAUACCAUCAUAGUUGUAGAUUUGUCUAGCUGAAGCAUGCUUCUAAUUGUUCUUUACCUUCUUGACAUUUAAGACAAUCCCAGUAUCCAAAUACUACUGACAGCCAAAUCGGCUCAACCCCGAUUGGCAAGUUUUUUUCUUAUCUUUCAUUUUCAGGUAUAAGUAUUACUAAUCAGCACUAAAUACUUUCCAGAAAAAGCAAGCAAACUUAUUUUGAUAUGAACCAUUGCCUGAAAAAUUCCUGGAAGGUAGAUUUAGAAUCAAGGAAAGCUAAAUUAUGUAUUUGCUUUGACAAAAGUAUGUUAAAUGGCAUUAGUACAAUUAAUACUGAUUUAUUACAAGGUAUGCAGUACAGUGACAUGCCGUUCUGUUGUUUAUGUGAACUUUGUUAGUGGCGAAAGCACCUGUUGAAUAUUUGCUCUUGAACGUUUAUUUCUUCAAAAUUCAACCUCUAGUUCAGUUUUUCCAUGUACCUAGCUGCCAGAGUGGGACAGAGCAGGGUCACACCAGUGAACAGUUGUUAGAAUCAACCAUUACACAUUAGGAGGAUCGAAAAGAAAGAAAGUAAAAAAAACCCUAGGCAUUCUCUAGCAUUUGGAUCAAGCAAGUAUAACUAGCCAAACUUUACAAUACAUGGUGAAAGGAUUUACAAAGCAGUUUAGAGUCCAGUAAAGUUACCAAAGCCUUAACUGGUUAUCCUUUGGCAUCUUGAGGACAGGAGUCAUUUCUAAGUAAUUACAUAGUUUGUGGGAAGGAGGACUAGCAUAAACAGAAGUGUUUAGACAAGAAACCUGGGUUUUAUAGUCCCCUUUCUGCUAGUAACUUACCAUGCAACCUUAAUCUUGUGAAUUUGUCUUAAAUGGUAUUUAAAAAUCCUAGGAAUUGCCAUCUGUUGAGCACACAAAAUGUAUGGUAAACCAAAGAGACCAUAUAUCAACAUGGAAAAUGCUUAAUGCAUCAUAAACUUAUGAUGUAGUAAGAUAUGUUGUGUAAUACACAAAAAUACUACCAGUUGUGGGAUUUUUUGGUAAAUUUUGCAAUGCAUUCUUAUCAAACCUCAAUACCAUGUUGGAAACAUGUUCAGAAAGUAGGUAGGUUUGGAUUGUGUUUCUGUGAAACCUGGUCUGAGGAGUUUCAGCUGGUCUAGUUAUAUCUAUUCCACUAUAGCAUGUAACUCACUAUUAUGACCUUGUACAAAUCUGUCUUAGACUAAAGACAGGGACCAGAUGCUCAAAGAUAAUGGUUCCCAAACUUACUCAUCUGCAUAUUGGAAUUACUUGGGAAACCUUAAGAACACUGAUGUCUGUGUUCCAUCCCAAGAUAGUGGUUUAGUUUAAAAAACAACUUGAGACAUUCCCAGGUUGUUUAGUUUCAGACAAAUUUAGGAACUGCUGUUCAAAUACUUUUAUGCUAACAAGUAAUACGUUAAAAAAAUAUUUUGAAUGGAAAAUUUCAAGUGGAGGGUAAGUACACCUUCAAUAAGAAGCCACCAAAUCUAAAGUAGAUUGAGAUGAUAAAUCAUGAAAUACCAAAGUUUAAAAAAACAUUUUUUAGUUUUAUUUCAGCCAUGUUAGGUUAUGGAUGAGCUGUGAAAAGCUAUGCUACUUGUUAAUAAACCCAUCAAUUCUAGUUACUACUUUGACCUCUAGUGUUCCACAUAUGUCAAAUCAGUGAUCAUUUGUGCCUCACAUACAUACUACAUCCUAUGGUCACUGUCACAUUGUCAUUAGGGAAUAUUUGCUAUUUAGGGGCGAUGAAAGUUAACCAGUGUUUUAUUUUUUUCACUGUCCUCCCCUUUCUCUUAAUAAGUGAAAAGGAUGCUACAAGAAAGCAAGCAAUCAAACCAUCAAAAAAUAAGAAAUUAUUUUGAGAUUUUUUUUUUUAAAAUCCUGAUAUGAGGGGAAUAAAAUGACCCUUAGGCUUGCAGGGCACAGAACUGCUGGAACACAGCCAGGAUAUGAGGGUCUAAUUCCGCAGUGAAGAGCAGGUUCUCCAGGGUCACCAUAUACUGCUGGAUUAUUUGGUGAUGCUGUGGACACAGAAAAGGGGGUGUUUAGGUCUGGAAAGAGAGCACCUAAGCAGUCUUGCAGAACACUCCUCAGCAGCCUGCCCAUGCCAUACAGUGAUGGGAAGAAAGAGGAAAAGUGGUUAUGUUGAUAGGACUUUACUUUAGGACCCCUGAAAAAUCUGAACAUUAAGGAAAUGAGAAAAAAAUGGAUGUUCAAUAACUUAAAUCCAGUUCUGACCAGCUGUUGUGUAAAUGCAAUUCUUGCUUCCAGUCAGCACCUGCUGCUAUUACUAUAAACUGUGGUUCACCUGGGUCUUCUGGCCAAUUAGAACAAAAUCCAGUAUAACUUUGAACAAAUAGAUAGGGAAUUUGGUAUAUGUUACUGUUCAGGUUAAAACUGUGGUCUCUGGACCCUAAGAAAAAAAAUUUUAAUAAAUCACCGCCUAAUUCUCAAGUACACCACAAAAUAAACCCAAACCUCAUUUUUUGUCUCUUAAAGAGCUCAUCUGUCUUACUGAAAAAUCAGGUGACUUGUUAAGCCUAGGUGGAAAAAUGUCAGAAAAGACAAUCUUUUAUAUAACUUGAAUAUACUCAGAGAUCCCUAUAGGACAAGGGGCUGUUAAUGCUUUGUAAUUGGCAAUAACUAAUCUAGAGAGAAUUUUUAUUUGAAGGCUUAAAGAACUUUUUUUCCAUUUAUGACUUAUGCUUUAGUCACUUUUCUAUUACACCUAAAGAUACAAAGGAUUAGUUCCACACUCCUACCAAUCUUUAAAUCUAGCAGAGAUUAGAUGUUGUGUUUUGCUUUCUAUAAAGGCCUCAGGGAAUUUAACCUUGCUUCAUUUAAAAACUUUAAUGACUUAUUUUUAUAAAUAACAUUACUGUUCCCUCAGCAUUUUUUCUCUACAUUUUGUAUUAUUACAGUAGGCUCUCUAGCUAAGAGAAUUGCAAUUAGGAGUCUAAGUGAUAAUUUAAGCCUAAAUAUUCUGAUGAACAACAGUAGGAGCAGAUGGACAUGAAUGAAAGAGCUUAUAGGCACAUGGUAUAAAAACAAUAUACUGAAGUCUGAGAAAUCUGGAGCUUGUUUGUAGAAACUGGAUAGACUAGGUAGUUAUUUCCUACCCAACUGGUAGAAUCUUCCAAGAAACAAGCAUUCCUACUAAGUAUUAAAGCAUGUUGAGAUAUUACAGUCCAAAAACAGGUUAUAACACUUGCUCUUUAAAGAAUGAAUCAAACAUCAUUACUUCCACAGAACUAAAAAAAAUUAUGGAUUUUAAAACCAUUCUAUAGGCACUACAUAAUCUGACAAGUUUGAUGUUUUGAAAUGGAAAAAUCCUUGUGGCUGAGCAACUGAUAUUUACUAUCUAGUCAAAGUUUCCCACAAACCUGUAAGAAGAUCUGCUGGAGCCUCUCUAUACAGUUCUUAUACCACGGUGUCAAUACACUGGUCCCAUCAGUUUCGCAUCGUACUAAGUGCUCAGUCAAGAUCAUGAUAAAACGCUGGAAAGGGAGUACAAAGUUACAGGUAUUAGAGAAACAAACGCAUUUCCCACCAACCGACCUCAGAGGCAUUGCAUUGGUUGGUCCACACUGUCUUUGUGGCAUUCCUGACUUUCAUGAUUCAAUAAAUACUAUCAGUCUAGACAAGCACACCAGUGAUAAUAUAAAUUAUAAGUAUAUCAUUUUGGGCAAGACAUGAAGACCUUUAAUGUUCAGAUUACUUAGGCUAGUAAAUUUUUUCUUAGCAUCUAUUCUAAGGUCAUAAUUAGAAAUGCUUAUAGGAAUCUAUGCACAAUAAUGUUUGUCAGGAAGGAAAACAUCUAAAUGGUCAGCAAAUGGAAAUAAUUAAAUGAGAGGUUCUUAAACACCACCCACCCACACUUUUAAUUUUUUUAAAGCAUAGGAAAAUGCUCUUGCAAGAUGCUCAGUAAACAACACUGAAUGUGGAAGUAUAUACAUGGUUAACUCCAAGUAGUGAACUUUUAUUUCCUUUAUAAAUUUUUAUAUUUAGAGCCUUUAUAAAUGAGCAUGUAUUUAUGAUUUUAUGAUUAAAAAAACCACUUUUUAAAACUAAA